AUGAGCUUGGGUAAAGAUAGACGCAUCUCCCGCGCGUGUAUCUUUUGCCGCUCGAGAAAGACCAAAUGCGAUCUGCGCGGCGGCCGUCGUGUCCGAGGAUUAAGGACCUCUCAACCUCCUGCCAACGAUCAACAACCAGCUGACCGGGGGUCAAGUUCCGGGCAGGGCAACACUAAUCGCAUGGGCGAACAGACGCCCGAACGCGGCGAGAGGGAGCAGCCACGUUCUGACGACGAAGCAAACGGUGAAAUUGACGCUUGGCCACCUCCACAAGCACCAUCAGAAUGGCACCGGCAAGGCCCCCACACUGGCGAGGUGCAUGCAGAGUCGAGACAGACGACCGAUGGGUUGGAGAGACGCAUUACAUCCUCGGAUCUACUGAACCCUUCAGAUGCCUUGGACCUACUGGCCCAAGUAGCAGAUCACGAACCUGAUGGACAACGUGGCUCCUCGUCGUGGCCGGCAGAAAGCGGCGGCGUUGCCCCAGUAGCUGAAGCAGAUACGAGGCAAUGUUAUCCUCCCCUAUCGAACAGCAUAUUGGCGUUGUCAGAUGCUGCAUACCUGCUUCAACUCUAUCAUGAGCGCUACCACCCUUUCUUCCCGAUUGCCCACGCCGCCAUUUUCGACGACAUUAACAUCUUGGAAUGGAUUGAGAAAGAAGAGCACCUGCUGACGGCCAUUUUGACGGUUGCCUCUAAAGAUGACCAAGCCUGGUCCCGCACAUACGAGGCCUGCUCUCGACACAUGGAGAGCCUAAUCUCCAAGCUCAUUUAUUCCGGUUCGACCACAGUAGGUGCCGUUGAGGCAUUACUGAUUCUCGCCGAAUGGGCUCCCCAGCCACCACAGCAUGACCAUGUCAUUGGAUGUGGUAAAGAAGACCACGGGGCUUGGAUGCUGGUAGGCAUGGCAAUCCGACUCGGUUACCUACAGAGACUAGAACAGACCGGCCUACGUCAAGCUCAAGGGACGUUGUCGGGACACGCGUGUAGGCAGCGUAUUGCCUGGGCAGCGUGUUAUAUGAGCGACCGACAGGUAUCUAUUCGUCUGGGCAAAGGGUUCUGGUCUCGCGGACCAAGCCCCUCGACCCAUUUACGAGCGGCGGACUUUCCCUCUCUACAAGCGCAAGUCCUUGGUGGUGACAAUCUUGCGCUAUUCUUCCAAGCCCACCUUGAGCUCACUCAACAAUUUAGCAAUGCCCAUGAUAUCCUCUACUCUUCGACGAGCCAUAGGGAACAACUCUACUUGGGCGGAGAAUACGUGCGAUACAUCGAUGACUUUACCGCCGUUCUUCGAACAUGGAAACUCUCAUGGGGCAGCCUGACAUUCACUCCCCUCGUCAAAACUUCUUUGAUCUUAUCCUAUGAUUUUCUUCGCCUGUAUAUCAAUGCGUUUGCGUUUCAAGCGAAUUUAAACCGAGCUGUUCGGCGGGCAUUCCGAGAACCGACAAACUCCCAAUCGAACGGGGCCCUAUUUGCUGACAUCGCCGGAGCGCCGGAUGCCAGAUUCAUCUACGAGUCAAUAGAUGCAGCCAAUUCCCUUCUCGGGAUGCUAAAUGGUUUCAUCGACCCCGAGGCUGAGUUGAGAUACAUGCCCCUCAAAUACUACCUCUACGCUAUCUAUGCGGCGGUAUUCCUAUUCAAGGCGAUGCUCGCGGGGGCGAUCAAGUCCGCAGAUGCCAGCGGGGUACGCCGCACAGUCCAUGGAACCAUUCUUAGGCUGCAAAGGACAUCUACUGACCCCCAUAGUCUGGGGCACCGUUAUGCCCGAUCGCUUCGUCUUUUAUGGCGUAAAUCCUUUGGCAGCAAGCAAAAGAAAGCGACUUAUACUGACAACUUGACGCUGCGAGACCCACUCGCGCUAGCCCAGGAUUCAGGCACCCAUUCAGCGCCGGGGGGGGAGGGAGUUGCAAAACCAAUGUUCUGGGACCCUUUGAACGGGUUUUCUUGGAAAGACCUGGAUUCUAUUGGCCAUUUCAUUACAAAUGAUGCUUCCGCAAGCGUGACGGACGGAGUCUUGACAACUCCCGAGCUCGUGUCAGAACAGGGCGCCGCCGGGACAACAGACUUGGCUGCAGAUUUUUGGGAUAACGUAUGGGAUGAGAACGACCUUAUAUUUUGA